AUGGCAUAUGGAUCAAGGCAAUUAAAGAACCAUGAGAAGAAUUAUCUCACUCCUGACUUGGAGUUCGCAGCUAUAGUUCACGCCCUCAAAAUUUGGAGACACUACCUGUAUGGUGAAAAGUUUGAGAUAUUCACCGGUCAUAAAAGCUUGAAGUAUCUGUUCACCCAAAAGGAUUUGAACAUGCGUCAGAGACACUGGAUGGAAUAUCUUGAGGAUCACCAAUUUACCCUUUCCUAUCAUCCUGGCAAGGCAAACGUGGUGGCAGAUGCGCUAAGUUGCAAGAAUAGAGGGAUUGUUUCUAGUUUAGCACUUGGAGAAUGGAAUAUGGUUGGAACGCUCAAUGAAUUUGGGGUACAAAUGGAGGUUCAAGAUGAAAAGGCUUACCUUGGUGCUUUAAUUGCUAUGUCUAAAAUUUUGAGUGAGAUAUUAGAAUCACAAAAGUACGAUCAGAAGGUAGCAUUCAUCAAGGCACGAAUGGAGUCUAGUGAAACCAUGCCUGGUUGGGAAAUUCACACAAAUGGGAGUUUGAAAUAUCAAGGUCGAAUGUCCAUGCCAAGCGACGACUCACUCAGGGAAAAUGUAUUUAAGGAAUUCCACCAUUCAGUAUUCGUAGUACAUCUAGGAGGUACUAAGAUGUACCAAGACUUAAAACGUCAAUAUUAG